AUGAGCGGAUCAGAAUCCAAUUUAAGAGCUUCUUUAUCAUCAAACACGUUUAUGAAUAACAACAACACGACCAUAACACCAUCGGAUGCUAUUCAACCAAGGCGACGAAUGGUUCGGUAUUAUUCACUUCUCUGUUCAGAUGAAUGUAUGGAUGAGCCGAAUCAAGAAUAUCAAAGCAUUUUGACACAAUUAAAAACUAUUGCUGACAAUGUCGAUAUCUUUAAGCAGCGAGACGAAUGUAUCGACCUUCUUACAGAUGCUGAAGAAAACAUUAAGUCUUUUCUCGUUUUGGAAAACACUAUGGCUCAACAAAUAAUGCCAGUCGUGAAUGACAUACCUCAAUUGCAUAGUGUUUAUAUCUUCAGUAGCAGUAAAUCCCAACAUGAAGAAUGGACAACAAAAUGGCCAAAAAUCAGGAGCGUUCAUACCAAUAUUGAUGAUUUAUGCAAAGUAUUACAACUGCAUAUUAAGAAAUGCAAUCAAGAUUCGAUUGCCAUGAGUUUUAUCACGGCAAAUGAAAUGAUUUCAACUGAUAAUUUAAAUCAAUUAGAACCAACAUUUAUGUAUACUCGAAUAUUCAAGGAAAUUCUCCUUGAUAUGAAAUACGAUAAAAAGAUCGUCAAACAGUUUACAACUUAUUGUCGACAACAUGGCUUCGGAUCAGCAAAGAAUGUUGAUCAAUUUGAAAACGAAUACUAUACUCAAUCAGCUAUUUGGUGGUAUACUUCUCCCUCAUUUAUCUAUUCUAUGCUGAAUUACGCUCUUCGCUCUAUGGAAAGCGAUAUCAUUAUUAACAUGGGCUUUUUCAUGCAUGACCUUCACCAGCAAAUUCAACAACUACACCAACAACAACUUAGUAGUUAUCACGAUAAACCAUUCAUCGUUUACCGGGGACAAGGUCUAUCCAAAGCAAAUUUUGAAAAACUGCAACAAACAAAAGCUGGUUUAAUGUCCUUUAAUAACUUUUUAUCCACUAGUACGGAGGAAGACAUCUCCCUGUUAUUUGCCCAGAGCGCGUCAGAUAAUGUGGACAUGGUCGGCAUUCUUUUCAAGAUGUUAAUUGAUCCACGUGUUAAAUCAGUGCCAUUUACCUCCAUCAAACAGACGAGUUAUUAUAACGAGGAAGAUGAAAUUCUCUUCUCCAUGCAUACCGUUUUUCGAGUGGGUGCAAUUAAACAAAUGGAUAAUAAAAAUCAACUUUAUCAAGUUGAAUUACAAUUAACGUCAGAUGAUGAUCAACAACUACAAUUGCUUACUGAGAGAAUACGAGAAGAAGGUGGCGGUGGUACUGGAUGGUACGCACUGGGUAACUUAUUGCUUAAAAUCGGUCAAUUUAAUAAAGCUGAAGAACUUUAUAACGAAUUAUUCGACCUGACACCUGAUGAGGGUGAAAAGCAGUACUAUUAUAAUCAGCUGGGAUAUAUCAAAAGUGUACAGGGUGAUUAUGAAAAGGCUAUUUGGUAUCACGAACAAGGACUACAAAUUUUGCAAAAAAAAUUUCCCUCUAAUCAUCCUGAGUUGGCUACUACAUACAACAACAUCGGUACUGACUAUCAAAAAAUGGGAGAGUACUCGAAAGCACUUUUAUCUCACGAAAAAGCACUUGAAAUUCAACAGAAAGCUUUUCCUUCAACUCAUCCUUCAUUGGCUACUUCAUACAACAACAUCGGUAAUGUGUAUGAAUACAUAGGAGAGUACUCGAAAGCACUAUCAUUUUUCGAAAGCGCACUUGAAAUGUUGAAAAAAACUCUUCCUACAAAUCAUCCUUUACUGGCCGCGUCAUACAAUAAUAUUGGUGCUGUGUAUUAUAAGAUGGGAGAAUACUCGAAAACGAUGUCAUUUUAUGAAAAAGCACUUGAAAUUUGGCAAAAAACUCUUCCUUCAAAUCAUCCUUAUUUCCCUUAUUUAUACAACAACAACGGUAGUGUGUAUCUCAACAUGGGAGAGUACUCGAAAGCACUUUCAUCUCUCGAAAAAGCGCUUGAAAUUCGAGAAAAAAUUCUUCCUUCAAAUCAUCCUGAUUUUGCCUACUCAUACAACAACAUCGGUUCGGUGUAUGACGAGAUGGGAGAGUACUCGAAAGCACUUUCAUCUCACGAAAAAGCACUUGAAAUCUUUCAAAAAACUCUUCCUUCGAAUCAUCCUUCAUUGGCUACUUCAUACAACAACAUCGGUUUGGUAUAUAGCAACAAAAGAGAGUACUUGAAUGCACUUUCAUAUUACGAAAAAGCACUUGAAAUUCGAGAAAAAACUCUUCCUUCAAAUCAUCCUGAUUUGGCUAUUUCAUACAGUAACAUCGGUGGUGUGUAUGACAAGAUGGAAGAGUACUCGAAAGCACUUUCAUUUUAUAAAAAAGCACUUGAAAUUUUGCAAAAAAUUCUUCCUUCAGAUCAUCCUGACUUGGCUAGUUCCUACCACAGCAUCGCUAAUGUAUAUUACAAUAUGAAAGACUGUUCGAAAUCACUGACAUAUUUAGAACGUACUCUAGACAUACUACAACGUGUAUUGCCUCCAACUGAUCUUCAUGUAGAAACUGUGAGAAAGAAUGUUGAAACUGUAAAAGAAGAAAUUAUAAAGAAUAUUGAAUAA